AGAUGUAUUUCCGACGACAAUAAACUUAUGACUAAAAUAAGGGUUCUACGUGAGGGGCAUUCUGGACUUUUUAUGGGAGCACGCGUGGAAAGAGGAUUCCCCCUAAUGAAUCAGGCAACACUGUAUUCGAUUACAAUCUAUCCAGGAACGGUGGUGAAGGUCGAUCAAUGAUCGAUGGAACUCACGGCACAUGGUUGUACGAUGGGACUCUCCGCAUAUAGAGCCACCGUAAUAUUACUCUUCUUCUUCCUCUCUCACUUUUCAUUCACCACCGCUAUCAGAAAGGAUAUCGGCUUCAAAUUUACUCCUUUCUGCAAAACCACCGUUCAAGGCAGAUACCUUCUCUCCGACAACAAUGGUUAUGUAUGCAAUGCUCUUUCAAUUGAUUCAAAAUCUCGCUGUUGUCCUCAAACCGGGAAGAAAUUCUCUUGUCAUGGAUGCAAUCUUCUUUCACAGUGUUGCAAUUCUUAUGAAUAUUGUGUUUCUUGCUGUCUCAAUCCCGCACUGACACGUAGGGAACAAGUGUUGAAGAUGAAGAUUGCUAAACCGGCUACUGCAAAUAAGUUCAGGUAUUUAAUGUUUCAGGUUCAUGAAAAUGCUUAUCUUAGUGACCUCCAUCACUGCUUUUCUCUGCCAUCAAACUCUUCUGGGUCAAAUAGUACUCUCACAGAAGCAAGGCUGAAUGGCAUCAAUGUUGUUGUUGGGAGGCAAGGUGAAUCAUGUAAUUCAGUUUGCAAAUCAAGAGGACAAUCAUGUGUCCCAAAUAAACUUGUGGUGCUUAAUCAUUGUGACAUUAUACAGAAAUACAUGAACUGCAAAGGAUCUUGCUUGGCAAGUGUUGGGCCAGAUCAACCUGCUGAAGUCGUUUAUGAUGCCCCCAAGCUUCUGUACUCUGGUCGGGCAUACUUAGGGCAUACUUAGUCGGGCAUUAGAUGUCCCUGAGUAUUCUGGUCGGGUGAGGGGUAAGGGAUUUGGAGUCACUCCGACCUCCCUGAGUAUUAAAAAAGGAAAGGCUCCUAGUAAUCGGGAGCUUCAUGCAAGAUUGGAAGCCAUGCAAGCUGAGCUUGAUGCAUUGAGGAGAGAAAGAGAGGCUAGCGCCUCAACAGUAUACAGAGAUGCUUCGGACAAAGACAGUAUCAACUGUACCUUUCAGCCGAACAUUCCAGAGGUAAAAUUGUGUACAUAAAUUUGUAUAUAUUUUGAUACAUUUAAGGCAAAAUUGGUUUGAAUUGGUAUAUAUAUAUAUAUUUGUUAGCCAAAAAUUGGUAGAAAAAAGGCCAAAAUGGCAUAUAUAAAAUGUGAUAAUUGUCUGUCAAAA